AUGAUUCUGAAGAUCAAUUGGUGGCGCGUUAUAUCGCGGGUUUACGAUCCCAGAUACAGACCAUACUGCACCAGUUUGAUCUCCGAAGCUCGUCAAAGAGCCCUCCUCAUGGAACAACAGUCACGAUCAAACACUAGUCAAUGGACAAACAACUCUCGUCCUCGCACCACAGCGACAAACGAUGACACCAAGACAGCAACAGAUCGCGACACUACUACCCCGCGCAACAACAAUCGACCGGCCGACACAACAGCAGCAAAGGCACGCCCAGCACGGCCGAAUGCUCUUCGGUGUUUUACAUGUGGGGAACGUGGCCAUAUACAGACAGCAUGUCCUCAGGAACGUCGCGGGUUACUUGCUUCUGAUAAAGAGAUUAUAGGAGAACCAAUUUAUGAUGACGAAGAAGAACAGAUAGAGAAUGUCGAAGAAGAGCAAGUCACGGGUGAUACCGGAACGUUUCUAAUGCUCCGUCAAAACUGUUUAGCUCCAAAAACCAGUGAAGCCUGGCAGCGUACUUCGCUAUUCAGUUCUACUUGCACGGUGAAAGGGAAAAUAUGUCGUUUUGUGAUCGACUCAGGUUGCUCCGCCAACGUCGUAUCAGAGGAAGCCGUGCGUAAGCUAGCACUCACAGCCGAAGCACACCCGCACCCAUACCGUCUCUUAUGGAUGCAAACAGGAGCAGAAGUCUACGUUUCUAAACGCACUCAAGUGCCCCUAUCCAUUGGAUCCUUCUACAAAGAAACAUUAUACUGCGAUAUAGCUCCGAUGGAUGUGUCUCAUAUCAUUCUCGGUCGUCCUUGGCAAUAUGAUCGGGAAGUACUCCACAAUGGCAAACUUAACACACAUUCGUUUAUGUUUGAAGGGCGCAAGAUCACUUUGCUCCCUUCACCCGAGGACGAGCUGCGUACUGCUUGUCCAAUUUUUGCGUUGAUCGCUGCCGAUGUGAAAAUUGCAACGACUAAUGUCGUCCCGCGCGAUUUUGAAACAAUCAUCACCGACUUCCAUGAUCUAUUUCCAGAGGAUUUACCCGCCGGAUUACCUCCUCUAAGAGACAUACAGCACCACGUUGAGCUUGUCCCUAAUGCCGUCUUACCUAAUCGGGCACAUUUUCGUAUGAGUCCCGAAGAGCACGAAGAGUUACGACGUCAAGUAGAGGAACUAUUACUUAAAGGUUACGUGCGUGAAAGUCUCAGCCCCUGUGCCGUCCCAGCACUAUUAAUCCCAAAGAAGGACAAAACGUGGCGUAUGUGCGUCGACAGUCGGGCAAUCAAUAAGAUCACAACACGUUACCGGUUUCCUAUACCUGGUUUGGAUGAUCUGCUAGAUCAGAUAGGAAAAGCCACUAUUUUCACUAAAUUGGAUCUGAAAAGUGGCUAUCAUCAGAUUCGAAUCCGCCCAGGGGAUGAAUGGAAAACAGCUUUCAAGACGCGCGAAGGGUUGUUCGAAUGGCUCGUUAUGCCUUUCGGGUUAUCCAAUGCUCCUAGCACAUUCAUGCGAAUCAUGAAUCAAGCGCUGCGACCGUUUAUUGGAAGAUUUGUUGUGGUUUAUUUUGACGACAUUCUCAUAUUUAGCAAUUCUCUUAACGAGCAUCUGCUGCACUUACGGGAUGUCUUACUAGUCCUUCGCCGGGAAAAGCUUUACAUCGCCAAACACAAAUGUGAGUUUGGCGUUUCCGAAGUUUUGUUUCUUGGCUACGUAGUGUCUGCUGCAGGCCUCCGCGUGGACCCUUAG